AUGGGCGCAGAGACCCUUUGGCCGCUCGAGCCGAUCCAGCGCGAGGCCACCGCCUCCAGUCGUGGGUACACCGGCCUGAGUAGAGGGACCUCGGCGAAAGUUGCAGAGGGGCACAAGCUGCACCAGAGCCUGUCAAUGCCUGUGCUCACACCGGCAAACAGAGGUCUGCCUCACAACAACUUUCGGCUCGAUGACUUGGAGAUUCCGCCGCAGCGCGGCGCAGCGAGAAUACCUCUAGAUCUCGAAGAUCGUCUCCGAUGCCUCGAAUCUUGUUUCCUAAAGGGCACCGCACCCUUCCUGUACACGACUCCUCCGAGCACAGGGGGGCGGGCCACUGCACGAGGCACAGCUUCGAGAGGCUCCUUGGCCUCAAGGGGCUCCCUACUGGUUCGCACCCCUACGCCCGGUUUCACCGCUGCAUCGAUGGGUCGGCGCGAGUCCCACGGCCUACCGACCCAGAGCUGA